AUGGAAACCGUCACUGAGUCGCUCUCGGAGCGUUCUUCACCAACGGCGACCAAUCGGUCGCCAGAACUUCAUGCCCCGGAAGAACGCAACCCUAAGAAGACCAAGAGAGGAAGGGAUGCCCUCGAAACGCUGGCGCCAUCACAAAUGGUGGAAGGUAAUAAAGAUCUGUUAAUGGAAGCUGAAUUGAUGUCCCCGGAAUUUGCACAGUGGGGUACGCCAACUGAUACCCCCAUCCAAGAUUGGGCUAAAGAAGCUGUAAAAGACUCUUUCGAGAGAGAUAAUAUCGCAGAAGAGUCCGAAAUGGAGGAAGAUUUGGCUGACUUCAACAAUCCGGUCAUUCCAAUUUCAGAAGAGGAAAAGGAAAGAAUUAGACGUCCAUGGAGUCGGUCCUUGAUCGUGAAAGUACUGGGCAGAAGAAUAGGAUACGUCUAUCUGCUCCAACGGCUUCAGAAUAUUUGGAGACCAGAAGCCUCGUUCGAGCUCAUUACGCUAAGUCAAGAUUACUAUAUAGCUCAUUUUGAAUCUCUACGGGAUUAUGAAUUCGCAAAAUUCGAAGGACCAUGGUGUAUUAUGGAUCACUAUGUAAUAGUCAAAGAAUGGGAACCUAACUUUGAUCCCUAUUGCGACACCACUGAAAAACUCUUGGUUUGGGUAAGGUUUCCAGCCUUACCAAUAGAGUACUUUGAGGAGCAAUUCCUAAUCAAGAUUGCCAAGAGGGUAGGACGACCCAUCAUAACUGACACAACGACUAGCCUCAUCUCUAAGGGAAACUUCGCAAGAGUAUGCUUGGAAGUUGACAUUUCAAAGCCCUUACGGUCCAAAAUCACGCUGGAAGAGAAGGCAUGGCCGAUCGAAUACGAAGGCCUUCACCUAGUUUGUUUCAAACGCGGUCGCUACGGUCAUAGACUGAACCAAUGUGGGAUGAAAAAUUCGGGUGGUAGCCAGGACCAAGCAGGGAACACAAAUCCACAAAAUGAGGCUAAUAGCAGUAAUCCAUCCAAGAAGGAUACCCAUCUUCAGCAGCAGACAAGUUCCAGGCCAGAUCUAUCGACGGACUUUGGCUCUUGGAUGUUGGUCACGAGAAGGGAUAGGAGAGGACCAAGAAGAGGUGGUUCUCAUCCAACUACAGUUAGACAUCAGACACCCAACAACUUGAUAGAUGAAGGCUUGGGAGAUCAGUCUCGCUUUGCCUCCCUGGCCAAUCUUGAAAAAGAGGACAAUGGACCAAUUGAAGAAGAGCAAAGGCCUAGUCUAAAUUUACAAGAUAUGAAUGAAAUCCUCCCUAGAAUUAGAACUAAUAGAAGGGCUGGGAAGAGCCCAGUACAACAGCAGUAA